UCAUUUAUGGGUUUAACGGGAAAAAACUGAAACGUUAAUCACAGGCUUAACAUGCAUAAUCAGUUCGCUGCUUGUCCCUUAUCUGGGUUGAGUCGAUUUCAUCGGAAAUUUUGUUCCUUUUGUAUGUGUUGUCUUGUUUCUGAAUCUUGUUGAUGCUUUUGAAGUUCAAAGAUUGUUUUUUUCAUCUUAUUUUGUGAAAAAGAUUCCAGGGUAGUUCCAUUAUCUCUGAUUAUAGAUUUGAAGUAGUGGAAUAGGUUUGUUUGCAAGAUGAUUCCUCUAACUUUUGUAACAGUCUGUGGUUUAUGUAGAGUCUUGAAGCCGAAUAAAGUUGCUUACAACAGCAUGAUUCUUUCAGCUAUGAGGACUUGCUCAAUUUCUGGGUUCCAUACUCAUCUUCCGAAGUCAAGCGGUUCAAUUUCUUCGAGAAAGAGGUUUUCUUCUACUGCUUUCUCACUCAUCACUCAAACCACUUCACCAUUUGUUCAUCCCCGUUCUUCAGUAAUUGUGUCAAGCCUUCUCUCCCCAUCUGAUAUCCCUCAGAAAUCAGAAGAAUGGUUUGCUCUAAGGAAAGACAAGUUAACCACAAGUACAUUCAGUACAGCGCUUGGUUUUUGGAAAGGAAACCGGCGUGCCGAGCUCUGGCAGGAAAAGGUUUAUGAUUCAGAUUCACGAGUCGUGGAGGAGUCUGCACAGUUUGCUAUGAACUGGGGUGUACAGAUGGAAUCAGCUGCGAUAGAAAGGUACAAACGAAUAAUGGGUUGUGAGGUCGGGACAAUGGGAUUUGCUAUUCACUCCAACGAGCAGUUUCACUGGCUUGGCGCUUCCCCGGAUGGAAUUCUUGAUUGCUUUGGUAUUCUAGAAGUGAAAUGUCCAUAUAACAAAGGGAAAACCGAAACUGUAUUGCCUUGGAAAAAAGUGCCCUACUAUUACAUGCCUCAGCUACAAGGUCAAAUGGAGAUAAUGGACCGGGAAUGGGUCAACUUAUACUGCUGGACACGAAACGGAAGCACUGUCUUCCGUGUGAUGAGAGACCGAAGCUAUUGGAGAAUCAUACAUGAUGUAUUAAGGGAGUUCUGGUGGGAGAGUGUGAUUCCUGCAAGGGAGGCUUUGUUGUUAGGGAAAGAGGACGAGGAGGUGAAAAAGUAUGAGCCAACAUCUACGCAUAAGCGAACCAAGCUUGCCAUAGCUAAAAGCAUAAAUUUGGCUGCGGAAUCAAAACUAGUAUGCAGAGAAAUCGCUGAUCAUGUCGAGUUCUUUUAGAUGAAUAGGAGAAUGAUGAUUCAUCUUAUUAGAUCACAUUGUUGUACUAUGAAACUGCUUAAAUGAUGUAACACUCUUUAAUCAGAUUUCUAGACUAUCUGGAGAUUAGCGGUUGCUAUCCGCCUGUAAUUAAUUGGAUGUGAAAUG